AUGGGUAUAUGGCAGGCGGCCCUUGUCAAGAUGGGCGUCGCGCAACCCGGCCCAAAGAUUACUGCGCAGGACCGCGCGAUUCUUGACCUCAAACUCCAACGCGAUAAACUGAAACAAUAUCAGCGCCGGUUGCAAGCUGUCCUCGACCGCGAGCGCGAGAUUGCAAAGGAGGCAUUGGCCAAGGGCGACAAGCGCCGCGCACUCCUGGCACUGAGGCAGAGGAAGUAUCAGGAACAAACGCUGGUGCAGACAGACCAGCAGCUCGCGACGUUGCAGGAUUUGGUCUCCUCGAUCGAGUUCACGCAGAUCCAAGCCGCGGUCGUACACGGUCUCGAACAGGGCUCAGCUGCCCUCAAGACGCUCCAAGCCGAAGUCAACCUCGAUCGCGUGGAGCGGAUCAUGGACGAAUCGCGCGAAGGAAUAGAGUACCAGCGCGAGAUUGAUGAGGCGCUGGCGUCAAGAAUGAGUCCAGAGGAGGAAGAGGAGGUGUUGAGAGAGCUCGAGGCGUUGCAGAGAGAACAGAUGCCCGCGAUUCCCGAGGUGCCAACGUCGGAUCCGGUUCACUUGCCCGAUGCGCCGACCAAGGAACCUACCGAGACGGAGCCGGCACAAGAGGAAGAACCGGUAGAGGCGCAGGACACAGGACGCGUCAUGUUGGCCGCGUAG